AACAGUGAUUCUCAAGUACUUUUAGCUGUCAAUAAUGAUAUUACAAUUUACAAUGUUGGUUCCCCGUGAUCGUUUCAUUACAAUAAAUUCUUAUUGGUCUUAUCGAAGAACCAACAUAUUAUGCAUUACCCUUAAAACCUAAAACAUCCGAAACGGAAGAAGAAAACUUUGCUGUAUUAUCAAUUGCAAUAAGCCAAUAAUGGCCUCUUCUUUUGCUUCAGCGGCAUCAACCACUCCUUCAGCUAUUAUUUCCCCCAAUUACACUUACAAAUGCUCUUCAUCAUCUUCCUGUAUGCUCUCUUUCCACCUUUCUCAUAAAACCAAGUUACCAUUGUUCACCAAGGUACCACCACCUAGUCGGAUCGUAUUGCCCAGAGUUAAGGUCGAACCUGAUGAUGUUAGUAUCUUUCAUUGGCCCUCAAUUGAAAAUGCGCUUUCGGAGGCAAUAUAUCACCUCUUGAACAAGCUUUUGGGCUCCAGUUUUGUCUCCAAAAUUACUACGAUCGAUAGUUCCUCAAAUGCUACGGUUGAUAACAAAACCAUUGCAGAGGUAGCAAGGAGUGUAGAUAAUGAUGCCAAGACAAGAUCAAGUGAAGGAGUUUUGGCAACUGAAAAAUCAAUCUCUAAUUUUAUAACUCAUGUUGCUAGCCUUGUCAAGUUGGUUGAUUCAAGAGACAUUGUAGAAUUACAAUUAAAGAAGCUUGACUGUGAAGUAAUAAUAAGGAAACAGGAGGCUAUGCCUCAACCACAAGCUCCUACCGAGGUUGCCAUGUUGAAUUUGCCACCACACACCUUCGCCACCACCGGUAGUGUGACCUAUCCCACAUGCUCUAACCUUCCCGGUGAAUCAAUGAUAGCACUAGAAUAGAUUUAUAACUAUCUAUCAAUGCAGAAGAUAGAUUAAUUGAUUCUUGAAAACCAAUUCUUGUAAAAAGUGAAACAACAGUAUCAUAGCUUCUCAUCCUCACCAAACAUAAGAAUCUUACCAAAUUUAAGAGGAGUUUCCAAUGCACAUUCCUUGAAUUCAUCGUUAGCCACUUGAGCAAAUGUUGUUUCCUUUUGUAAUUUUAAGAGGUUUUGUUU